AUAGAAGUAUAGGUCCCAGUUAGGUAGGGGUCUAAUGUUUAUAUAUAUAUUUCAUUUUUUAUGUGUAAACGUGUAAAUCCGGAUUCAGCUAAAGUUAUUACAGAUGUUCAAGCUUCUGGCCAUUUCUGACGUGCCUCACAAGGCGUCGAAGCCCGGGAGAUUGUGACGUCACAAUGUUUCGCCGUGUUUAUGCUUGCGUUGCUAGUUGACUAUUCUUCCCUUUUCAGGGGGUUGUACAAACUUCCGCCCACACAUGCACGUUGUGUUUGUUUUUGUCAGCCCUAUAAAAAGUCUCCUUCUCCAUCAGAUCGCUUCAGUCCCCGCGGCUUCUUCUCACUCACACGUUAAUAAGGAGACACCAUGCUGUCCGAGCUCGAGUGUGGAAUCUGUUACCGGUUUUUCGACACCGGCCGCCGCUGUCCUCGCCAGCUGGGCUGUAAACACCGCUUCUGCGAAAGUUGCUUAGUAACGCUGGUGGGGUGCGGAAGCGAAGACCCCCAGUCCGGAUCGCAGAUAAUCUGCGCCUUCUGCAGGCACGCCACUCACGUGGACGCGGAAAAAGCGAUAGACAGUCUCCCAGUGGACGAGGACAUUUUAGAUCGCCUGGAGCAAGAAGGUGUCCUGGAGGAAAGCACCAGCGAAGGGGAGGAUGAUGAAGAGACAAAAACCGAGACAACCAGCCUGGAUAAAGAGGACCAUCCACCCCGGACGCGGAGAGGGAAAAUGUGGAGGUCUAUCAAACGUUUUUAUAAGAAAGUGAAAAGUCCUAAUCAAGAAGACUGUAUUACUAAUGAUGAAAUGAUGGAUCUGGCACUGAUGGCUUGCUACAUAAUGUAAAGACGCUGUGCUGAUGAACUUGCCCUGUUGAAUGCAGACCAGAGAAGGUUUGGUGCAUCAUCCCUUUCAUAGCCACCUGAACAUCCUGGACUCUUCUCACCUGGAUGCAUGGAAAGAAGGAAAAUAGACAUAUGCAGAAAGGACUUAUUCUAUUAGAACUGCUUUGCAUUGCACAUUUUAUGUGUUAAAUGUUUUAAUACUGUGAAAAAAGCACCUGUUGUUUUGGCUAUAUGUUUGAAUGUAUGUGUUUUUUGACUUGCACUCUGAUUCAAAUGCCAAGUAACUUAUAAAAAACAUUAAUACUGAUUAGUGUUAACUUGUGAAUUUGGUGGUAUAUUCCUAAUAUAUCUACUCAUCUGUAUUUAUUAUGCUGUUGUAAUUCAUUUUAUAUUGUUUUAAUUUUAAUUAAAACAUUAUUUUCUUGUA